AUGAACCCAGCGAGGCGGAAAGCAGCAAAAGCGAAAGAAGCCGCGAAUGAACCCCAGCCAGUGAAAGUUGAAUGCUCUGCUGCUCAAGCUCUCAGCACCGACUCAGACACUACCAAGGCCGUCUCGUCACAGACCAGAGUCCGUCAGACUGCGGAGUCGAGGGGAAGUGGCAAUCCAAAGGCGGCAGCAGCGUCUGAGAAAAAGAUCCAAUCCAAGCGUACAUUUCAGACCCAGUCACACAAAGCCGGUACAUGCCACACAGAGAGGAGCUCGUUGAGCAAUCCGGCUUUCGUCACAGGUGGUCUGAUGGGGUGCGUGGCUGGCGGUGCGAUUCUUCUCGGAGCUGGACUAUGCAGUCGCGUUGUGGGUGUUGAAUCCGCAGUUCAUGCCGCCCAAACGUCAAAGGCGGUCGUAGACAACCUGAUUGACGAUACUGUGAUUGGCCUGAAGGCUGGAAUUUUUAAUGCGCCUGAAGCAAUCGACCUGCUUCGAAGGACAUCACUGGCAUACGCCAGUGCACUCCCCGGGGGUAUAGCCUUUGUGGAACACUUAUUCCGUGAAGUUGAUGUCGUUCGCAGGCAGCGUGGAGAAGAGAUUGACCGAGUUCUGGCUGAUGCUUGWGGUCAGCUCGCAGACGCUCGCAAGAGGAGAGCAAGCACCAUUGAAAUGCAUGCGACUGUACUGAAACAGAUGGCUAGGCUUUCUGAUGUUGCCGGCAGCGCAACUCAGGAUAUGGUUGCUCGCAAUCCAGCUUUGAAUAGCAUUUCGACGGGAGUAAAACGAAAAGUGCCUACGAUCAAGCUCAACAUGGCCGUCCGGCAAAAGGGCGCAGCCACUGCAGCAUCGCACAACCCUCUUCCUUAG